AGACUGCGCUUAGCCGUGCUCCCGUUCACAUCUCGGGGGAAAAAAAAAAAUAUUGAAAAAAGAAAAGUAAAAAAUAAUGAAAAAAACAUACAUGCGUAUAUACCGCAUCAGAUGUAUCUUUUUGUUGGGGGCUCGCGUACACCAGACACGCGCAUACUUCCUCUUGUAAAACUCGGCGUCGCGGUGAUUAGUUUCGGUUUGGUUAAAUGCAGACGCUGGUUUCGUCUGCGAGUGCAGUUGGUCGUCUGCGACGUGCGUCGUGCGGUGUUGUGAAGGCUGCGAUGCAACAACGUCCCUGCUGGAGUUGACGUCUUCGGGUGAACUUUUUUUUCCCCCCUCCUGUUCGACUUCGAGACGUCGCACAUGCUCCAAGUUGGAUUUUCCGAGGCUCUCGUGACGAAGACGGGCGUGAGCCGAUGACCAUGGAGCGGCGCAUCCCCCACGUCCGGGACGUGUUCAGCGACCUCCGGUCCUACGACCACUCGCCGCGGUCGAGGCGCAAGGAGCCCUCGUCGCCGCCGCCUGCGAGGCGCCAGCACCAGCAGCCCAACCAGCAACCCACCAGCGUCACCGGCGGAGUGGCCCCGCCGACGCAGCCACUCACUGAGCGCGACUUCCGGCACCUGGAGCGUCACCUGUCCAUGAAAAAGACCAUCCGCAAGCAGAUCAGCCGCAACCUGGCCCAGGCCUUCGUGGAGGACCCCAAGGUGCUCAGCAAUAACGCCGUGAACCACGCCAACCACGGGCGACAACAGCCGCCGCAGCAGCCCGUGCCACAGCCGCAGGUCAUCACGCUGACCAGGGCCAAGAUCGCCAGGUCCGACCAGAACUUCCUGGACAUGCUCAAGGAGCCCCAGCACAGGGCUUCGGCCGAGGAGUCGAGGGUGGCCGCCGAGUCGUGCUCGUCCAACCAGCCCUCCUUCUGGAAGUUCCUGGGACUCAAGGGCAAGAGCAAGCGAUGAGGCGACGGGCGUGCCGCUCGGAAGCCUGCACGGUCGUCACUCUAUUUAUUCGUCCGCCCUUGUUCCCGCGAUGCCCUCGGGACGUCUUCCCUGUGCAGACGCAUUCGGUCCUUCGUCGUUCCUCGGGUUCUCUUCGCCCGGACCGUGGCCGGAACAUGCUCGUGGCACCGAACAGACGCUCGUCCGGCUCUAGAACCAAGGCGUCCCAGAUCCACCUGCGCACUCUAAACGCUGCUGGCCCGGCUGUACAUAGCUAAGGGGAUCACCUCCAGAGGGCUGCCAGAGGGGCUCUGCGGUGGGGCUCACAAGCCACUGGUGUUUUUUUUGUUUUGUUUUUUCUUCUCCCCUACUAAGGUGUGCGAUCUUGAGCUUUGGCCCACGUCCGGCCUUUGCUCGUCUUGGUCAUCCAAGAACAUGUUCGCAACUCGUGGUCGCUACAGGUGGGUAGAACCGACAACCAGUGCUUAAGAGACGGUCUCAACAGUGCCUUCGUCAGCAACGCAACUUUUCGGAGAGCACCGAACGAGGAUGUUAAUGAGAUGUGUCGUGUUCGUGAAAAAAAAGCUUCUUUAUGGGUGAUUGGGUUUCUUAUGGUCAUACGGCCUGGUCCAGACCGGGCUGUGUUAUUUAGAAAUGAACAAAUGAAUUUUGGUGUUUGAAGGGAAGCUCUAUUUUUUUCUUUGCCCGUGUGCUUGUGUACGUCUGUUUUUAUUUUUAUUUCUCAAAGUACCGCAAGGAGCUGCAAGCAGGCGUUUAAGUCACCCUGUUCACAGGUUUUCACUGAAGUGACUCGUCGAUGACGCUCCGACCAGACGUUCGCAGCUUCCUCACGAACUGUCGCCGACGUCUCGCUUUGAACGUCUGACAGAGGAAAAGCCAGCUAUGCUGUGGUGUUUAACCCGGCUCUCGUUGCUCCUUUUUAUGCGUAUAGAGAAACAAUUCUUUGCGGCCUGAUGCUUGUCGCGGGUCUACUACUUACUUCGAGUGCCGUCAUAUUCCUGAAGUAACAACGAGCGCUCUUGUGGCCGGCGUUUGCAGUCUGCAACCCGUAGUCUCCCGCGUCUGUGGUCGGAACGACCGCCGUGGACGCACCCUCUCGGCGGCGGAAGGGAUGUCUUGUCGCUGUCGCCUUGAUGUCUUGUCGACGCUGCCAAUGCCUGUGUACAAACCCCGAGUGAAUGUGAGCGUGCAUUGUGUACAUAUGAAGCGUCGCUACGCAAUAAAACCAACAAACAGCUGUCA